AUGAUUAUCACAAAGAGUGAUGUGGCCAACAUUCAGUAUACUAAGGCAUUUCAUCGAGAACAUUUAGAUAUUCAGGACUUGAGGAGUCUCAAGUAUUUCUUAGGCAUAGAGUUUACCUACUGCUUGGGGGAGAUUGUCCUCAACCAAUGUAAAUAUAUACUUGAUUUUUUACAAUAGAUGGGACUACUCGGAUGCAAGCCCCAUGCACCUUUAAUUGAAAGUCAAUUAAAUUUUUGAAACUCGACCUCGCCUCUCCUUGUUGAUCCUCACUCAUAUCGACAUCUGGUUGGAAAACUCAUUUAUCUCACUGUCACAUGACCCAACAUCGUCUAUAUGACGUAUCUUCUUAGUCAGGCUAUGCACGAACCCUGAUAUAAUUAUUGAGAGGCUGUCCUCAAACUUCUCGCCUAUCUUAAAUAUGUUCUUGGAUGAAGAAUUGUUUUCCACUGUCACAAAUAUCUUCACGUGGUUGACUACUCAAACUCUAAUCUAGUCAAUAAUUGUAUAGAUUAUAAAUCUAUCACGAGCUAUUAUAUUUAUGUUAGAGAAAAUCUUGUGACAUGGUCUAGUCACAAGUAGUGGGUCUCUUGUUCUUCUAGUGUUGAGGUCGAAUAUCAAGCUAUGAUAGAUACAUCGUCGUGCAUGUUUUGGGUGUGCAACUUACUUUAGGAGUUGAGUUAUCUAGUACAAGGUGUUAUGCUUAUGUAUUGUGAUAAUCAAGUAGCAAUCUUUAUAAUGAAUGAUUCGACUUUUCAUCUGCGCACCAUGCAUAUCAAGAUUGUAUGUCACUUUAUCCGUUAUUGA